AGGUUUCCAUACCUGGCCUAUCAAAAUGGCGGGGGUGCUUUUCUCAUACCAUACCUCAUAAUGUUAACACUGGCCGGAAAGCCCAUGUAUUUCAUGGAAUUGGCUUUCGGUCAGUUUGGAGGGACGGGUCCGCUAACCAUCUGGAACUGCGCUCCCGUUGCCAAAGGAAUUGGCGCCGCAAUGAUUGCCGUGUCUUUAGUCGUUUGCAUUUACUAUAAUGUCGUGAUGUCAUAUACGUUAUACUUUAUCGGCCACUCAUUCACAUCGGAGCUCCCGUGGCAGAGGUGUGACCCCGAGUGGGCCAAUGGCACCAAUUGUACGGUUAGGUCCAAAAAUACGGAGUUUCUUCCAGUCAGGCGUAAAGUAUUGGAUAUAUCGCCAGGAAUUGAUCAGUUGAAUGGCAUUAAAUGGGAUUUAGCCCUAUGUCUGGCCAUCAGUUGGAUAAUUGUUAUCCUUUGCCUUCUUAAAGAUGUUAUCUUAAUAUCACUAUUAAUUGCUGGCAUAACCCAAGAGGGUGCCUGGGAUGGAAUCAAAUUCUUCAUAGUCCCACAAUGGGAUAAACUCUUGGAAAUUAAGGCAUUUGUCACAUACCCGGAAGCUCUGACUCGUCUACCGUUUCCACAAGUCUGGUCCGUACUCUUCUUCUUCAUGUUGUUUACAUUAGGUCUCGAUUCU